GGGAAACGUAGUCUCCAUGGUGACCGCUCGCUGACCUACCAGAGCAGGGGGCUGGGGGAGCUGUUACUCGGCCAAGAUGGCGGCAUCCUGUAAGGUAUGUGAGGCACGUGAAGAGGUUUGUGUGUUUCUAUUGGCUGGUGUGGGAGUCACGUGAUAAGUAAUGGGCCUGUGCAGUCUAUAUUAAGCAGUCCUAUUGGUCUAUGGUUAUAAUAUAGCAUUGAAGUACUUAUAGUCCUCUAAGAGUCACUGGCAGGGGCUGCAUUCAUUAAAUAUAAUGAAUACAGUGCUGGCAUUACACCAAGCACUCCCUCUAAUGGACAAUUUGUCUUAACAUUCUCAGAGUGAAAAUUAUUAACACCACAAGGAGUAUAUGUUACCAUGAUAAUAGUGUGACACCGCCUUAAAGGGACAUUAUAGUCACCAAAACAACUUUAGGUUAAUGAAGCAGUUUUGGUGUAUAAAUCAUGCCCCUGCAGUGUCACUGCUCAAUUCUCUGCCGUUUAGAAGUUAAAUAAGUUUGUUUAUACAGCCCUAGUCACGCCUACCUGCGUGUGACUUACAUAGCCUUCCUAAACACUUCCUGUAAAGAGACAUCUAAUGUUUAAACUACCCUGGCUGAGAUCGUCAUUACUGAUAACCUCAGUCAGUCCAAGGGGGCCCAUGCGCAUGUGUAGCAAUUGCCGCUCUGCGCCAAUCAGCAUUUCCUUAUAGAGAUGCGUUAUAUCAGUUCAUCUCUAUGUGGUGGGGGGGAUUCAGUAUCUUCAUGCAGAUUGUGGAGACGUCAGUCCUGCAAAAAUUGCAGGAACGCACCCGGAAGGACCUUUAGUGGCUGCUAGAGACAAAUGUAAACAAUGCCUUUUCCUUUAAAAAAGGCAGUGUUUACUAUUGUAAGACUACAUGGACCAGAACUGCUACAUUAAUCUGUGGCAGUGUCCCUUUUAUUAUUAUUAUUAUAUUUAUAGAGCGCCGUCAAAUUCCGCAGCGCUUUACAAUGGGUGGACAAACAGACAUGUAGUUGUAACCAGACAAGUUGGACACACAGAAAAUAGAGGGGUUGAGGGCCCUGCUCAAUGAGCUUACAUGCUAGAGGGAGUGGGGUAAAAUGACACAAAAGGGUAAGGAUAGUAUUAGACUAGUGACAGUUGCAGAAGAGAAAUCAGUCAGGAGCUAUUAACAGUUUAAUGGAUACGCUUUUAUGAAGAAGUGGGUUUUUAACAAUUUUUUGAAGGAGUGGAGACUGGGUGAGCAUCUAAUGAAGGAGGGAAGCAGGACAGGAACUGUGAAGCCCUUGAGAAAUAUUGAAGGCGAGUAUCAGAGGUUAAGCAAUAAUCUGAUGAUUAAUGUCUGGUAGCAGUAAUCAGGGGAAUAAUGUUCAGUAGAAGUACUGAAGGGUUAAUGAAACUGUAGAAGCAACCUGUAGGGUUUAUGGUACAUAAUGAGAAUUAUGGCAAAAAGACUAAUUAGUGGGUUGGGAGAGAUGAAAUAGUAAUUGGAGCUGUAGGAGUAUUGAGGCGGUAAGUCAUAACAUAGUUGUAAGAAAGUUAAUUGUUAAUUAAUGGAAAUAUAGGAGCAGUGAAGGACUUAAUGGAACGGUAUUAGCAAUUAAGGGGUUAAUGGAACUGUAGGAUUAGUUAAGUGUUAAUGGAAUUAACCUUAAUGCAAUUAAGUUAAAGGACCACUAUAGUGCCAGGAAAACAAACUCGUUUUCCUGGCACUAUGUAGUCCUUAGGUCCCCCCCAUCCUCAUGGCCUCCCCUCCCGCUGGGCUGAAGGGGUUAAAACCCCUUCAGCCACUUACCUUUCUCCAGCGCUGGGUUCCCUCGGCUCUGGGGAACUCUCCUCCUGCCAACGUCAGUGCCAAAUGCGCAUGUGCGGCAAGAGCCACGUGCGCAUUCAAACCGCCCAUAGGAAAGCAUUACUCAAUGCUUUCCCAUGGACGUCAGUAUCUUCUCACUGUGAUUUUCACAGUGAGAAUCGCGGAAGCGGCCUCUAGUUGCUGUCAGUGAGAGAGCCACUAGAGGCUGGAUUAACCCCCAGUGAAACAUAGCAGUUUGUCUGAAACUGCUAUGUUUACAGCUGCAAGGUUAACACUAGAGGGACCUGGCACCCAGACUACUUCAUUGAGCAGAAGUGGUCUGGGUGCCUAUAGUGGUCCUAAUGAAAUCUUUUAAGAGAUCUAUGGCAAUAUACGUCAGCACAGAAUGCACCUGUCAUGGUUGAAUAUAUUUAUCACCUGUUAUAUGUUAGAUUUAUCUAUGUGUUUUUAUAUAUUGUAUUUUUUGUAAUAAUGUAUCCUAUUGUAACAAUGCAAUGUUUUGUGGACCCAGGACAUACUUGAAAACGAGAUAAAUCUCAAUGUAUCCUUCCUGGUAAAAUAUUUUAUAAAUAAAUACAUUCUGGAAAGAAUACAGAGAUUAACUGAAAUGAUAAAAAUGUUGGUGGUUUUAUGAGCCGUUCAGGAACACAGUGAGUUAAUGCUUAAUGUGUCCCAUAUGGGGUAACACACAGGGUAAAUAAAGUCUGCCUGAGAUUUUCUGCUUAGUCAGUCAGAUCAGAUGAUGGGAGGAUCUCAGUUUGUGCACUGAUUGGUUAAUAGUUGGGAGAGACUAGAAUACAGAAAGUGUCUUCUUUAUGUGUGAAAUGGAGUCUACUCACAAGGUAAGUACGCUGGCAUCAAGGAUGGACAAUGUUCUACUCCUUGUAUAAUGCUUUCAGGUGUGCAAACACUGUAUGAAAAUGUAACAGAUUUUACAAUAUUUGCUUUUCUUAUCACUUUAUGCUCUUCUUGUUGUCCCAGCCCCUGUUAUUUAGUUAUUUUCGUAGUUCCUGCUCCUGGCGAGUCCGGAUCGGUAAGUUAAUAGUAUAAUAAAUAAAGCAAGCUACUUUCUAUUUUAUAGAGCUAUGAGUGUCGAUAUGUUAAGGGGGAGCAGCAGAUACUAAUGUGGUUACGUAUUAAAAUGACACUGAUGUUAUCAUGGCAACAUUUUAUCACAAUUUUUGAUUGCACCAAUAUUUUCCGUCAUCUGCGCCACAUUUUUCCUGUUGCGUGUUCUCCUGCACCUCCAUCACACCCCUUUUUUUGGCAACAUUUUCUGAAUGAGUUCCUCAUUUUUAUUUAAAUGUUUUAGAAAAUCCUUUAACCCCUUAAGGACCAAGUUUCUGGAAUAAAAGGGAAUCAUGUCACACAUGUCAUGUGUCCUUAAGGGGUUAAACUGCAGAUGCAUCCCCCCCCCCCCAAGACUACACUUCCUCUGAUGUUUUGCGAGCAUUACGUGAGAUGUAGUCCACAUCUGGAGUGCCAAAUUUUGCCUAUCCAUGCCUACAGCAUGUGUUGUCGUAGGGGCAGAUACUUUGUGAGUAGGUAAUCCGUUAUGAUGAAAUCAACAUUCAUUAUUUUGGCAUGUCCACUGCAACGUUUCUCAUGUGUUCUAACAAUGUGUGUUGCUGUCUGUGCAGCUCUCGCACUGAAGGAUAUUGAGUAUGACCUGCACCCUGUCAGUCUUAUCAAGAAUGGAGGUGAACAGGUAUGUUGCUUGACGUGUCAGACAGCUGUACAGAGGACAAAUAGAGUUAGAGGUAUGAUUGGUGGAGCAGGAUUUGAGUAUAGAGUCUUUAAAGGGACACUAAAGGCACCAAAAUAACUUUAGCUUAAGGAAGCAGUUUUGGUAUAUAGUUUAUACCCCUGCGGUCUAACUGCUCAAUUUUCUGCUGUUAAUACAGCCUUGGUCACACAGCCUUACUAAACACUUACUGUAAAGAGAAAUAUUUAAACUUACUUUAUUGCACAUUCUGUUUAAUUUUAGAAUUUCUUAUCUCAUUCAUUGUUAAUAGCCUUCUAGACCAUGCAGGAGGUGUGUCCCUCUCUCUCUUCCCCCUCUCUCUCUUCCCCCUCUCUCUCUUCCCCCUCUCUCUCUUCCCCCUCUCUCUCUUCCCCCUCUCCCUCCCCUUUAUCAGUGAGUAUCUUGCGUAUGGGACGGCAGCAUGUGUUCAUGAUCUUUUGACAGUGUAGGUGUAUAAGCUCACAAAACUCUGUGUCUACAGUAUUCAGAAGAAUACAAGAAAGUGAACCCCAUGCAACAAGUACCAGCUCUGCGGAUUGAUGGAUUCACCCUGAAUCAAUCUGUAAGUCGGCUGCUGACCAUUUACAAUUUUCAAAGAUUGAUCUGUUAAGAAACCUGCCCGAUAUCAGUGACUCAAUACUUAAAAACAAUACAUGGCUUGAUUUAUUUUAAAAGUGAUAGUCACUAGAGAUGUCUAGAUCUACUUGUUGAAAGAGACAAUGGAUAGACAAUGCAAGGCUUGUUAUUAAUAAACAAUUAAGUAAAAGUCCUGUGAGAACCCAUUAAUAGGAUGUUUGAGUAUGAUCUAGUUUCCAGUUAACGGAUUGGGGGAUUUUUGCUGUAAUUGAGUAACAUAGUGUUGACAUAGAGCUAGUCGAUUCAGGAUUUUCUUUAAAUAUCGCAUGUGGUAGUAAUACCAUCUCACAGGUGAGUAAGUUGUACAGUCAUAGACAUGAUUCCAUUCUCAGAAUGUUUUUGGAUUCCUUGUGUGGUAAUUACAUUGUUUUGAAUAUUGUUCAUUCCGUGCUACUGUUUAUAUCCUCUCUUUCUCCGUCACAAAGCUGGCGAUUAUUGAGUACUUGGAUGAGACCAGACCAAAUCCCCCUCUAUUUCCAAAAGAUCCAAAGAGGAGAGCACAGGUCCGAAUGAUCAGCGACCAUAUAACCGCUGGGAUUCAACCUCUGCAGGUAUGAAUUCAGCACACACAACACAUUCUGACUUUACAACGACAAACAAAACUCAUGCUUUGUAGACCAUCAAAUCCUGCACAUGCUCACAUUACAAGGUGACCUCAAGACCACACUGAUUAAAGAAAUGCUCCAACACCAUAACCACUACAACUUGCUGCAGUGGUUAUAGUGCCAAGAAUGACCUGUACCCACCUCCCAUUGUAAGAAUUCAAACAUCUUAGCCGAAGUCUGCCAGCCGCCGCUUUCGCCUUCACUACUUCCUGUGGGGAGCUGAAAGUUAUUGGGGGCUUAGCUUGGUGACAAGAGCUUAUUUUUUGUUUGUUUUUUCCUUCGGUCGGGUCUGCCCCUCUUACAGUGUUCACAAUAAUGUAAAUUGUUGGGAAUUCAACGCAAAUUUUAAUUGUUUAAAAAAAUGUAUAUAAUUUUUUUUAACAAUAGCCACAUUUCAAGUCGGCUGGAAUUUCAGUUUGUGCUAUACUUUGAAACUGCUUUUGAAUGAGCUACAGUACACUAGGCCUGUCGGUGUCAUCUGAUAAAUUUGAAUAUGUACUGUGACAUAUUCUAUAUCCCUUCAGAAUCUGUACGUUCUUGAGAAGAUAGGAGACACCAAGCUUGAGUGGGCACAGCACUUCAUUAUCCGUGGCUUUCAAGGUGAGUGUAAGAGAAGGAAGAGCAGUCAUGUUUGAAAUAUGCUGUAUUUGAAUCCAGCAUAUAUAAACUAAGAUAAGCGUGCUAUUUAUAUUGUCUAUUGCCACAUAUCUUCCAAUUAAUACAUUUACUACCAGACAGGUUUUAGUUUUACAGAUGGCAUCUAAUCCAAAACUUCAAGUGUUUUUAGGAUUUAAUUGAGAAAUGUUAAGGAACUUAAUCUCUAGGAUCAGUAUGUAAAUGUCAGACAAAACAAGCCCAGCAAAGUUCUUCUUGUUUUUGUACAUAUAUUUAUAUAUAAAAAUCUCAGACCACAUUUUGUUGGAGAUGUGCAGUUACUGAUAGUUGAGGAAAAACUCAUCACCAAUUAUCAAUAGCAUUUUCCUGCCUGUCUGGUUCAGACAUGUUAUUUGUGAUGUCUAGGGACCCUGUCUCGGCCUGUCUUUUACCUCCUAGUAUUUUUUUAUUUUUUUUCCUUUUUACCCCAGCCCUGGAGAAGAUGCUGCAAGACUCUGCAGGACAGUAUUGUGUAGGAGAUCAGGUUUGUGUCUGACACCAAUGCUAUACAUUUCCUUAAUCCUCUCAUUCAUACUAUGCUAGAUUAGACAGCUAUUUAUUAUGUCACUAUUUUACCAAGAACUGAGAAACUUCAUAAUGAAAUGUAUUUACUAAAAUUACAAAUGUUAAACUGUAGUCCAAAAAGCAAGGGAAAAAAGUCAUAGCUAAUCUGGAACAAUUCUCCAACUUGGCUCCAGUAAACAGACCGCUGUAGUAGAAUUUGAUAUUUUCUAAAGGUGAAUACCUUGGCACCAGUACUGUGUAUAGAAAUGCUCAUUUGUUUUCAGAUAAUUGUAGAGCAAAGUAUGAAAACAUUACAUUGCACGUGUUGGUAGAUAGGGGCCCUCACAUUUUGGGUUUCUUUUUAAAAAAAAAUUUGUUUACUAAAGUGAGAACUCAAAGUGAAUUUUAAACUCAAGGUUAAAAUAGUUGAGCUGUUCUCCGUGUUGGCUAUUCUUUCAGUUUGGCUACUCUAGUCUUAUAUUUCAGUAAAUAACCCUGUAAGUCUGAAGGACAAUACCCAAAUUUCUCUCGCCACUUGAAAGUACACUACAGAGUGGUUGAAUGUUACAUAUACAUCCCAAAGCAGGUUUGCCUCCUUUGCUGGUAAAAUUCAUUGGAAAUUAGAGAAGUUCGAGUUGGUUAGCUAAUGUUAGUUUUGACUAAAAUUUACUUUUCCUCAGUAAAAAAAAGUUUACAAAUGUUACAGAAACAAAAAAAAUACUUCCAUAAAUGUUAAAGGGGAAACUACAUUUUUCUUGGCAUAGCUCCAUAGUGCUCCCUGCUGUCGCUUACCUCAUUCCAGCGCUUAUGUCCCUAGGUGCUGGUUCAGGCUCCACCUCCACUCGUCAGCCGGCAGGGGAGACCUAAAGUGCAGUGAUGGUCAUACUCUCAUUAAUACUUCCCUCAUAGGAAAUCAUUGUAUAGUGUGAGAAUGACCAGCGUCAGUUAGGCAACCAAAAGUCUAAUAACACAGAAGUCCCUCUAGGGGCUGUCGGAUAGACAGCCACUUAAGGUGGAGUUAACCCUCAAGGUAUUUAUUGCAGUUUACUAAAAACUGCACUCACUACCUUUGCAGGGUUAAGGGACCUGUGACACCUACAGUGUCCCUUUUUAAAGGAAAACAGUUUUCCUGGCACUGCAGGUCCCCUCUCCCUCCCAUCCCCUGCUUGCUGAAGGGGUGAAAACUCCUUCAGGUCACUUACCCGAGACACCGAUGUCCCUCGGCGGUGGCUUCUUCUCGCUGCCGCUCCUCCCACUUAUUACGUUGGCUGGUGGGCGAGACUGAUCCCGCCCACCGGCCAGGGAGACCUAAUGCGGAUUAAAGCUCCUCAUAGGAAAGCACGUGAGGACGUCCAGCGACGCUCUAGCACAGGUUUUCUGUGCUAUAGUGUAGGAAGUGCCCUCUAGUGGCUGUCUAGUAGACAACCACUAGAGGUUGAGUUAACCCUGCAAGGUAAUUAUUGCAGUUUCUAAAAAAUAAAAAAAAAUAAAAACACAAAAAACCUGCAAUAAUUACACUUGCUUGGUUAACGGUGGUGGGAGUUGGCACCCAGACCACUCCAAGGGGCAGAAGUGGUCUGGGUGCCUGGAGUGUCCCUUUAAGGCCUGUCUAGGUGCGAGAAGCUAACAUGGGAAUUAUAUCCCACAAGACUGAGAAAAAGUUAAAGGCUGAUCUAUAUUUACUUUGGAGGUUUCAGAUCGGACCUUUACACUUGAGGCUGACUAAACAUGACAGGUUUAACUUACCUUAUAGCCAUUGACACCUGUCUCCAUCCUACUGGCAAUCUUCCUUGGCAGAGAUAGUCCAUCAUAGGAAAGCAUUGGGAGGCUAGUGAACAUGCGCAGCAAAACUCAUGUAAUGAAUUAAUGUCAAACUUUACAGCAGUCUAUUUGGAAGUUUCUCCAACUUCACUGUAGUCAGUUUAGCUUUUUUUGUAGAAGGUCUGUGAGCAUUAAAAGCCUAGAGUAGACAGCUCCUAGUAUUACAGGUGUGAUCAAGCAGAUAUCUGUUCCUACAGGUGACAAUGGCUGAUCUAUGUCUGGUUCCACAGGUGGCAAAUGCAGACAGGUAAGAGUUUGUUUUUCCUGUUACAAUCCAAUAUAUAACUGAGACCCUUUAACCUUCUAAUGCCCUCCUGUGCAGCACCAUCCAAAUCAUAGCCCACUCAAAAUAACGCUUAUGGUCUGUCCCAAAAUGUUACCAAUACAUCUUGCUCUUGUUUUAGAUUUAAAGUUGACAUGGCUCUUUAUCCUACAAUAACCCGGAUAAACCAGUCUUUGCUUGAGUUGGAUGCAUUUCUGGUUACCCACCCAUCCCGGCAGCCAGACACCCCACCAGAACUCAGAGCCAAAACACCCUGAUUCUUCAGUCGUCUUGAUGGAUUAUAAAAGGGAUUUGAGAAAUCUAUACAUUUCCUGACUCAAUAAAUGCAGUGACUUCUAGAACCAUGUUGAGAUUUCAAAAUAAAUACAGUUGGAUGACUGCAGCGGUUGUGUUUAAGACUGUUUUACCCUUUUACUCUAUAAAUCAAACUGAGAAACUUAUUGCAAAGGCAUGUAUAUAAUCUCAAUACUGAACUUACGACCAGUUUAUCUACAAACAGCAAAAUAUU